AUGGCUGUCCAAGUAGGCAUCAACGGGUGAGUUUUCUGCUGCGCAUUCACUCACCACCCAAAAACAGGGGACAGGUGUGCCUCUACGCGCCGCUCUGGGUCCAAGGCUCACCGAUCAUGCCGCCCCUUCCACGACUCUCGCAGUUUCGGUCGUAUUGGUCGUAUCGUCUUCCGCGCUUCUAUCAAGCACGGAAAGGCUGAUGUCGUUGCCAUCAACGACCCUUUCAUCGACCUCGAGUACAUGGUGAGCGGGGUCGGAGCGUGCUUUAACACGAUGUCUCGAGGCUCAAAGACUGACAAGCGGACAUGCGAGCCAUUUUGACAGGUCUACAUGCUCAAGUGUAAGUAAUGUCGCCUAUGACUGUGGGUCAAGCAAGUCAGCUGUUCGUGCGCGCUCGAAAUCGAGGCGGACAAGGUUGAAACGCCCGGCAUUCAGCACAAAUGCUGGGCGCGUGCGUGUGCGACUCUUCUCACAUGUGACCAGAGAAUCGCACCGCAUCGCAUUGCAUGUGACUCGUGGCGGCCGUGGGCAUUCGGGCAGCGCGCUAAUUUUACCUUGUCAUGUCGUCGGCUACAGACGACUCCACCCACGGACCUUUCCAGGGUGAAGUCUCUACCAAGGAUGGCAAGCUCAUCGUGAACGGCAAGGCCAUCCAGGUCUUCUCUGAGCGCGACCCCGCCAACAUCCCUUGGGGCAAGGCUGGCGCUCACUACGUCGUCGAGUCCACUGGUGUCUUCACCACCACCGAAAAGGCUGCUGCUCACCUGAAGGGCGGCGCCAAGAAGGUCGUCAUUUCUGCUCCUUCUGCCGAUGCGCCCAUGUUUGUGGUCGGUGUCAACCUUGACGCCUACGACCCCAAGGUCCAGGUCAUCUCCAACGCUUCUUGCACCACCAACUGCCUGGCGCCCCUUGCAAAGGUCAUCCACGACAAGUUCGGCAUCGCCGAGGGUCUCAUGACCACUGUUCACGCCACCACCGCCACUCAAAAGACUGUGGACGGUCCAUCCGCCAAGGACUGGCGUGGCGGACGAACUGCUUCGACCAACAUCAUUCCCUCUGCGACUGGUGCGGCCAAGGCCGUCGGCAAGGUCAUUCCUUCGCUCAACGGAAAGCUCACCGGCAUGGCUUUCCGUGUUCCCACCACCAACGUUUCCGUCGUCGACCUGACCGCUCGUCUGGAGAAGGGCGCUUCUUACGACGAGAUUAAGGCUGAGAUCAAGCGUGCCUCCGAGAGCGAGCUGAAGGGUAUUCUCGCCUACACGGAGGACGAUGUUGUCUCUACCGACUUCAACGGCAACACCAGCUCUUCCGUCUUUGACGCCAAGGCAGGUAUUGCUCUCAGCCCCACUUUCGUCAAGGUGAGUAGCGUUCACAGAGCCCUGUUGUGCGGUUCUGGACUCUGACUUGCUCAACUGACGCUGCUCACACCUGCACUUGCGCGUCUAGCUCGUCUCUUGGUACGACAACGAGUCCGGCUACUCCAACAGAGUUAUUGACCUCCUGGUCUACGCCGCCUCCAAGGAUUCGGCGUGA